AAAACGAAUUCGCAGAUGUGAAAUAUGCCUCCAUAUAUUGUAAUGAACAGAACUAUGGAAAACAGUUGGAAGUUCUUCUUAUUUCUUACCACCUUGCUGUCCCAAUUGAAUCCAGCAGUAACACAAGACAAGACAAACAAAGCGGAAUCACAGCCUCCGGUUUCACUUGAAGUGUUUACUCCAGAACUUAUGACACCUAUCUUUAAAGUGAUGCGUAAACAUGGGGAAGAGGAACGAGAUAAAGUAAGCCAGCAAAUACAGAAAAAACAUAAGAAAAUUCAGAAACAAAACAAGAAAAAUCAUAAACAAAACAAGAAUAAACCAAAACGUGCAUUUGAAUACAAGCAAUACCUUCUAAUAACCAUUAUGUCCGAUGAAGAAAUUAGAGAGGCCAUAUUAUGGGGAGGAAAGUUUCCGGAUGAAUUUAAAAAAAACGAGAGAUUGACAUUUCUACUAAACAAACUUAAUCACGGUAAGGAAUAUUAUAAUCCUGAUCGACAGCUUCACGGAGAAGUAAAUGCUAUUCACUUUGGAGCCAUUGAAAGAUUGAUGAACAACUUCAAAAGUAAUCCAAAGACAAAAUAUAAAUACCCAGUUAUGUUACUUUAUUCCCACUACAUUCCCUGUGCGCAUGUUCCAAGGUUGGGUUACUCGUGUUCAGAAGAGCUGAUGAACUAUGCUAAAGGCCGCAUAGAAGAAUUUCGCAUGAUUGUAGCUUAUACCACUUGCUAUAAGGACACAGAUGAACAUCAUUCGUUCAAAUUUAUGACAGAUAGUGGAAUAGAAGCAUUUGAGCAUAUGGUUAAAGGUCAAUAUACGCAUUCACUGAAGGUUUAUUCUCAAAACAGCAUCGAUGGAAUACAGAAAUCAUUUCAAGGGGAGGCAUAUGAUUGUAUACAAAACUCUCCACUAUCAACCUGUUGCACAGGUAAGGAACAGAAAAGAACUGCAAUCACAGCAUAUUUCAUUAAUUAUGUAACAUAUCAGUGCAUUUCUAAAUCGAAAGCUUCUCGUUUAUUUACGGAGCUGUCAAGAAAUCAAGUGAAAACCUGUCUUAAAAAAGAACUAGAUAAAAACAUCGGUGACGACUGUAUCAAGUGCAGCAAAAAAAAAACAAAAACACACGUAGAGCUACCAAAGCUUUGUUUCAGUUUUGUUUUUAUCGUUCUAUCGAAGUUGCACCUGGUUUGGGUAAACAACUCAAUAAUGUUUACAAUCCUGAAUGGGUAUUAUGUCGAAAUUGUAACUGGGAUGCAAUAUACGAUCCUCCUGGUCCACAGAGUGAUAAGAAACGUUUACCAAAAAUAAUGUGUGCAAACCGCGUCAACUCUAUGGAGUCACUGUGCUCAUUGUAUCAACAGAAUGAAAAAGACAAAGAGACGAGAUUGUACAGCGAAGCUUUUGAUAACUUGUAUCGACAUAACGUACGUUCCAAAAAAUAAUUACAUUGUUCACGUGUCAAAUAAUCAAAAGCUAGUUGGAUAAAAUGUUUCUUGUCUCGAUUUUGUUUAUUGUUUUAAAAGGAGACUAUUUAAAUGCUUACAUCUAAUGUAUGGACAGCAGUCAUGCAUGUCAUGAUAGCAUUGAAAUCACAAAAUUACAUUGUUAAACAUUUUGUUAACUGACUGUGGGAACCUAUUCAGUUUUGGCUACUAUAGCCGGUAUCUGUUCUAACAAUUAUAAAGCUAUGCAACUAUGCAUAUUUCUAAAAGAAACAUAGCAAUGUAUUCUUCAAUUUGAUUAACGAUGGUUUUUUUGGGAAAAUCUACAUAAAGAUGUACAGUUUGCACUAUCGUAUCAAAAUUGUCUCUAACAACACAGUUUAAGGCCGAAUUACAUUUAACAAUGUUUAAACGCAUUUAUAUAGGCAUGUUUACAUAUUUAAAACAAACGUGCGAGAUUAUAGGGAAAAAAGUAGUUUUACAUUUUCCCGGCUUUAGGUUGGCCUUUUCUGUACCCAAGGCAGGUGAAGGAAGUCAACUUAGGAGCGCUGUGAUUGGAUGUAAGGGUACAAUAUGUUGGUUUUUUUUUUAUGUAUCUAUAAAUAACUGCAGUGUGUAUAUUUACAAUAUAAAUUUUGGAAACCCUUUCAAAGAUUUUCUUGAGAAUUAUUCGAAAAGACUUCCAAAUUUUCAUAAAUUUGAUGUAAAAUGACGGUGGGCAUGGAUACCACAAACAAGCUCCGUACGUUGGAAGAUGGUCAUGAUACUCUUUGACUUCAAUUUCUAAAACAGAAUAAUAAAGUACUAAAGCCACACAUAACUGUUUUGUCCAGGUUUUUAUUAUAAAAAGUGGUAAAUUUAGAAAAUGUUAGUAUUGUCGCCUAUGGCAGAAUAAAUACUAUACCGUUUUUCCUUAAAUUCCAUUUGGUUUCAGCACCAUUUCAAUUUUGACAUUGUUACAUAUGUAGUAAAAUUAAUUCAAUUUACUAUACGUUUUAAGAAAAUAAAAUUAAUGCAAAUGUUUAUUUUACAAUAACUUUUGAGGAUGCAUCAAAUUUAAUGUCCUUUCGUAUCCUCUGCGUCCUUUUUAUUUGUCUUUGUUAGGUUUUGAUUUUUAACAAAUUAUAUUGGCCUUUUUUUUUUUAAAUUUUAAGUAUAUAUUUCAAUGUUAGUAAAUAGUAACAUGUUCGCAAUGUAUUCUAUAUUGUAGGCGAAUGUUGACAAAAUAGUGGUUACACAAAUGAAUUAUACAUAACUAAAUUUGUAUUUUUUUCAAGUGGGAUGUAUAAAGACACACUUACGUUCGUUUAGAUCUAUAAAGAGGUUAAACUCCUAACUAUCCUACUGUCUGUCGAUACAUUUAUUUUUGGCAUUGCACUAGUCAUGUCUUCUUUGACUGUCCAUGACGUUAAAAUACUAAAUCCCUGGGAUGUGUUUUAGUUGAUUUUAGUCUAUGAUGCAUGAUUUUUUAUUAUUAAUUGUUUUGGCUUUUAACUAGCUGUCAGUAACUGCGAGUACUCUCAAAUCGUACGUUCUUGUUUAUUUGACCUGUUGAUACUAAUUGUAUUGCUUUUUUUGUUAUUUAAUGUUAUUCAGGGUUAUAUCUGGUCUAUAUACCAGCUUUGAUAAGUGUUUGGUAUAACUAUAAAUUUUCACUUCGUACUAUGAACAUCAAAAUUAUUUAUUUUGUAAUAAUAUUUCCUUUCUCUAUUGGUACUGUAUACGUAUACCUAACAACAAAAUUAUUUUCAUUUACCUGUGUUUAAAGUUAUUGCAAAUGGAUGGUAUUUUUGUUCGAGCAUAUUGUUUUUCUUUAAUUGUUUAACAUUUCUUACCGAUAUAACAUGUUACUUUUAUUAUUCUUCCCUUAGUUUAUUUAUUUUGUAUUUACAUUGUGUCAUAGGUCAAAUUUAUUUGUUCAGUGUAUGUUCAAUGGUGUUAAUAUGUCCUUUGAUUGAGUUAAGCUAUUUCAGUUCAUAUUUUAUAGUGUGUCUUUCUAUGUUGUGAUGUUACACUAUUGUUUCAGAAAAAGGGUGAAGGUUUGGUACCAUUAAAACGUUUAAACCCGCUGCAUUUGUUUGCACCUGUCCUAAGUCAGGAAUCUGAUGUUCAGUAGUUGUCGUUUGUUGAUGUGGUUCAUAAGUGUUUCUCGUUUCUCGUUUUUUAUAUAGAUUAGACCGUUGGUUUUCCCGUUUGAAUGGUUUUACACUAGUAAUUUUUUGGGGUCCUUUAUAGCUUACUGUUCGGUGUGAGCCAAGGCUCCGUGUUGAAGACCGUACUGUGACCUAUAAUGGUUUACUUUUAUAAAUUUUGACUUGGAUGGAGAGUUGUCUCAUUGGCACUCAUACCACAUCUCCUUAUAUCUAUAUAAUUAAUUUUCAUAACAAAAUCCUCCUAAAUAAAAAGUUUAAUAUUUGAGUACCAAUUUUCCAAGAUGCUAGUACUAUUCUUUUAUGUCAUAGGAAUUUAUUUCACUGGAAUUUUGAAAAUAAAUAUCUGAAAAGUA